AUGGCGGUUCGGCCAGGUGAAGAAAAUGUAGCCACCCUCUUUGGUGAUGUGCACUAUUUCUAUGGACCGCCGACCGAGAAACCACGACACCACCGGUUUGACAAAGGAUCAUAUGUUUAUCUGUUCGAAAAUGCACAAGAUAGGCGGGCGCGUGUCGAGAUCGCAAAUCAGCCAGGUACCGAGGAUCAGGAUGCUCUGGAAGGAUUUCUGGACUAUACACAAUUGAGGUAUUCAUACAACCAACAGGUUGUCGUGAGCAUCACGGUCGACGGCAUACAGGGGCCCCCAUUAGAUCAGAGCCAGUGGCAUCUGCCGACGUAUGACCCUCGAAACGAGAACAAGUACCAUUAUAAACUCCAUUCUCUCGAUAUCUACUUUUGGACGCACGCCGAUGCGCUCCAAUUCGUCAAUGGCAUUAGGAGGGUCCUUCCGCCGACCCAGGUCGAAGUGUUGGAUGAGCCCGGCCCGCCGCCUGUCCAGACACACAGAGCCCACUCACAAGACAUGAACCCUUUGGUACAAAAGCUGGAGAGAGCUGCCAUAUCCGAGAGCUCACGCGGGACACCUGCUUCGGGGCACCAGGAAGUACCUUCUUUUGCGCCUCCUCCGGUGGCUGCUGUACACGGGGCAAAUGAACCGCCUGCAAAUUUCCAACCCAUGGCGUAUAAUCCAGCAGCUCCAGCAGCACCUGAACAGGUCAGACAUCGCGAAAAGACACCACCGCCCAUGGAGGAUGAUGGCUACGAUCCUCUCAGAGCAGCGGUAGUAGGGGACCAUAACCCUCCUUACACGCCCGGAUACGGACCGAACGGGCCCUUGAGUCCCGGGUUCCCUGGACCACCGACAGGAGGCCACCCCGGCAUAGCGAGUCCCGGUUUUCCGCCGGCGCAGUUUGGCCAUCUUCAACGAUCUGCUACUAUGCCAGCGGCUGGUCUGGCAUCGCCAGGACUGGUAUCGCCAGGCUUGGCCUCGCCAGGCCUAGCAAGUCCUUAUGGUGCUGGAUUCCCAGGCUCGCCCGGAUUCUCUCCCCCGCCUCCGCCUCCGCAAAACUCACAAGCGACCACGCAUGCUCACCCAACGCCGGCGCCUCACGCACAGUCGCAACCAGUGCAAAGCCCCGGCCUCCCGCCCGGCGGUUUCUCAAACUACAACUAUAGCAAUCCACUCGGCGGGGGCAUACCCCAGGGCAGCGGGUGGGAUAUCCACCAGCAGGCGUACCGGCCGACGGACCAGGAGCAUGGCGUCAAAUACAAACCUAAACCAGAAGGGCGCAGCAAGCUAGGCGAGAAUGCCGACAGGUUGGAGAGAGGUGUCACGGGUAUGUUGAAGAAGUUUGAAAAGAAGUUUGGGUAA